CUAACACGACCUUCCAGGAGUCCUUAGGGGAAACCCGCGCUGGCCCUCAGCAAUCCGGGACUUGCACACACGCGGUGAGUGGACUGCCCUGUGACGUCCCGGGACACGCCCCGCUCCUCCCCGGAAGCCCGCUCCAGCCGACUUGGCGCGCUUUUGAAGUCCCUGGGAGCUCUGAUCUCCGCGGUCGGCGACACGCCCCUCUCGGUGCCGCGGCAUGCUUCGGCCGCCCGCUUCGCGGAGGACCCGCGAGGAGGUGGACGCGACGUUGCAGGUCGCCAAGCUGAACGCCGCCGAGCUGCUGCCCACGGUGCACUGCCUGAGCUUCGGUCCCGGCACCAGCGGCGCCGCCUCCGGCGACUUCUGCCUGCUGGAGCUGGACCCCGCACUGUGCCAGCAGCUGGAGGCCGGGCACAGUUUUGUGAUUCGAGGGGACAAAGACGAGCAAGCCGUGUUGUGCAGUAGAGACAAGACCUAUGACCUGAAGAUAGCGGACACGUCCAAUAUGCUGCUCUUCAUCCCUGGCUGCAAGACUCCAGACCAGCUGAAGAGGGAGGAAACACAGAGUAACAUUGUUCACACGGAGAUCUUUGGUUUCUCUAAUAAUUAUUGGGAAUUAAGAAGAUGCAGACCUAAAUUAAAAAAGCUGAAGAAGCUCCUGAUGGAAAAUACCUACGAAGGCCCUGAUAGUCACAAGGAAGAGGAUCCAAGCCGCUCAAAAUAUACAACUGAAGAUUUGCUUGAUCAAAUUCAGGCAAGCGAGGAAGAAAUAAUGGCCCAGUUACAAGUCCUGAAUGCCUGUGAGAUUGGAGGUUAUUGGAGGAUUCUUGAAUUUGAUUAUGAGAUCAAACUUCUGAAUCACGUAACUCAGCUUGUGGACUCCGAAUCUUGGUCUUUUAGUAGAGUUCCCUUGAAUGUGUGCCUGCAGGAGCUUGGACCUCUGGAGCCAGAAGAAAUGAUUGAACACUGUCUUAAAUGCUAUGGAAAGAAAUACGUGGAUGAAGAUGAAGUUUAUUUUGAACUGAAUGAGGACAAAAUAUGCCGAGUGACCGCAGAGAUGCUGCUGCAGAACGCUGUGAAAUUUAACCUCGCCGAGUUCCAGGAGGUGUGGCAGCAGAGUGUCCCCGAGGGAAUGACGACUCGGCUUGAUCAGCUGAAGGGUUUAGCACUGAUGGAUAGGAAUUCAAGACCAGAAAUUAUCUUUUUGCUCAAAGUCGAUGAUUUGCCUGAGGGAACACAGGAGCGUUUUAAUAGUCUCUUCUCUCUAAGAGAAAAGUGGACGGAGGAAGACAUCGCUCCAUAUAUCCAAGAUUUGUGCGGAGAGAAGCAAACUAUAGGUGCGUUACUUACUAAAUAUUCUCGUUCUUCAAUGCAAAAUGGCGUGAAAGUUUAUAAUUCAAGAAGACUCAUCUCUUAAAAGAAUGGCAGACUUUUUGGGGAGACUAAAUAGCUUUAUAAAGUUCCUGGAUGUAAUAAAAGAAGAUUCUCUUGCA